AUGACGGGAGACUUUGAGUCCCCAAGCCCAGGAGGCCAUCUGCCCACCGAGGCCGAGACCAAAGAUGGAAACCUCAGGCUAGUUACCGAGACCCAAAACGGCCAGCAGGUUACUGUUGUCCGUGAUGCCGAUAACCACAUUGUGUAUCCCACCUACGUCCCACCUGCAACUCUCUCUCCUGUGUCAGGAGAUUCGCCUUCUACAUCGCCCUCACCAAAGACUACCACCAUGUCCGAACCGAAUCAAGAUAGGGAAAAGGGGGGGCAGCGGGAGGCAAAAGGGAAGCAGCAAGCGGAGGAACCAAAAGUCGAACAACCUCGCAAGGUCCAGACAGAACCAACAGACAGAACAGCCUCCCCUCGCCCCCAAGCUCGAAACUGGGCCACCGAAUUCCCCCAACCCGACAAAACCUUCACCAUGCCUGCUCCCCCUCGUCGAGCCGGCACGAAUCUUUCGGCGAUUCCCCCUGGAGUAGACUAUUCUAGCAGCAGCGACUCCUCUUCUUCUUCUUCCGACGACGAAGAAGACUACCAUACCCAGCUUUCCAACAAAAAGAAGCACAAGAAGAAAUCCAAGAAACCAACCCCCGAGGAAGAAGAAGACCGAUACCGCCGCUUCAAGAUCGGAAACCCUCACUACAAAACCCGCGGCAAGGUCUCCAAGCGCGACGGCCGGCUGAGCAUUUCUGUCAAGGACACCUCCCAGACGGGGUAUCUAGCCAAAGCUCUCGGGACCGCAGCAAAGCACAUGGUGCCACUGAAGCCGCCCCCGGGCGGUUCAGACUCUGAAUCCUCCAAGUCGGUCGCCGCCCACUUCAAGGGGGUUCCCACCCGGAAACGGACCGCUUCCACGAUCGAUAUCAAGUCGCUCAAACCACCCAAACUCAACAUCGUGAUCAUGGUCAUUGGCUCCCGGGGUGACGCACAACCGUUUCUCAAGAUUGGGAAGAUCCUCAAGGAGAAGUACGGACACCGCGUCCGUAUUGCCACCCACCCCGCCUUUAGGGACUUUGUCGAGCAGGACUCUGGACUGGAGUUUUUUUCUGUCGGGGGGGACCCGUCUGAGCUGAUGAGCUUCAUGGUGAAGAACCCGGGCAUGAUUCCGACCUUGUCGUCGGUCAAGGCGGGGGACAUACAGAAGCGGCGGGCGGCCAUGGCGGAGAUGUUUCAGGGGUUUUGGAAGGCGUGCAUCAACGCCACCGACGACGAGCACGACGUGAAGAACAUCAAGAUGAUGGGCAAGCGGGACCCGUUCGUGGCGGAUGCGAUCAUUGCGAACCCGCCGAGCUUUGCGCACAUUCACUGCGCCGAGGCGCUGGGGAUUCCGUUGCACUUGAUGUUUACUUUUCCUUAUACCCCGACGCAGGCGUUCCCGCAUCCGCUGGCGAGCAUUAAGAGGAGCAAUGUGGAGGAGGGGUAUACGAACUUUAUCAGUUACCCGUUGGUGGAGAUGAUGGUGUGGCAGGGUUUGGGAGACUUGGUGAAUGAGUUUAGGGUUGGGACGCUGGGGCUGGAUCCGGUGAGCACGCUCUGGGCUCCCGGGGCGACGUAUCGGUUGCAUGUGCCGUUUACGUAUCUUUGGAGUCCGGGGUUGGUGCCGAAGCCGGGGGAUUGGGGGGAGGAGGUGGAGGUGGCGGGGUUUGUGUUUUUGGAGCUGGCAGAUAAUUUUAAGCCGCCGGGGGAGCUCGAGAGGUUUUUGGGGAGAAGCGAUCAGGGUGGUGGGGAGGGGGAGGAGAGGGUGGAUGAGAAGCCGGUGGUGUAUAUUGGGUUUGGGAGCAUUGUUGUGGAUGACCCGGAGAGGUUCACCGAGAUGAUCUUUGAGGCGGUGGAGUUGGCGGGUGUGAGGGCGUUGGUUAGUAAGGGGUGGGGAGGACUGGGGGGGGACAAGUUGGAUGUUCCCGAGGAUGUGUAUAUGCUUGAUAAUACGCCUCAUGACUGGCUGUUCCCUAGGGUGAAGGCGUGUGUCAUCCAUGGAGGGGCGGGGACGACGGCGAUCGCGUUGAAGUGUGGGAAGCCGACGAUGAUUGUGCCGUUUUUUGGGGAUCAGCAUUUUUGGGGGAGCAUGGUUGGCAAUGCGGGGGCUGGGCCGGAGGCGGUGCCGUAUAAGGAGCUGACGGCGGAGAAGUUGGCGGAGGGGAUCAAGUUUUGUUUGAGGGAUGAGGCUAGGGAGGCGGCGGAGAAGAUUGCGAGGGAUAUUGAACGGGAGGGGGACGGGGCGGAGAAUGCUUGUGAGGCCUUCCAUAAGGGGUUGUUGAUUCAGAGAGAGGUGAAGGGAGGGGGGAGGAGCUCGAUGAGGUGUUCGAUUCUGCCGGAUCAGGUGGCGGUUUGGCGGAUGAAGGAGACGGGGUUGAGGUUGAGCCCUAUUGCGGCGGAAAUGUUGGUGGAGAGGGGGCUGGUGAGCUGGAAGAAGCUGAGGUUGUUGAGACAUAACGAGUGGAAUGAUUUUGAGGGGCCGGGGGAGCCGGUGACGGGUGUGGCGGGGUCGAUCAUGGGGACGGUUGGGAAUGUUUUUGGGGGGAUUGGGGGGGUGCCGUAUCGGGUUGCGAAGAGUGCUAAGAAGCGGAAGGAUAAGGAGAAGGGGAAGAGGAAGAAGAGGAAGGAUGACAAGAGGCAGCAGCAGCAGCAGCAGCAGAACGGGAAUGACGAGGGGGAUGGGGAGGAGCCACCUCAAGCUGAGACUGCUACUACUCAUGCCAUUGACGACCGGAGAUCGGACUCUUCUUCUGUACGCUCCAACCCGGCAGAGGAAGUAGCUCAUCAUGUCGGUCGUGGCGCCCUCAAAUCGGCCUCCGCCAUCGCCAAAGCCCCUGUCGACCUCAGCUUGGCCCUCGCUCAAGGCUUCCACAACGCCCCUAGACUUUAUGGAGACGACACCGUCCGGCGACCCAUCCGCGUUACUGGGAUGAAAUCAGGUCUCAAAGCAGCCAGAAAUGAAUUCGCGUACGGCAUCUACGACGGCGUCACGGGCGUCGUUCGCCUCCCCUACCGCGGAGCAAAAGAAGGUGGCCUUGGUGGGUUUGCAAGGGGCGUGGGUAUGGGACUUACAGGGCUUGUGCUCAAGGACCUGGCUGCUGUCAUUGGGCCGGUUGGGUACACGCUCAAGGGAGUGGUCAAGCAAGCUGAACGGGGGAAGCAGCCGAUCAAGUACAUCAGGCGGGCGAGGAUUGUUCAGGGUGAACGAGACACGGAGGCGUUGAGCGAGGAAGAAAAGGCGAGGUUGAGCAAAGAGGCGGUGAAGGGGUGGUCGGUGAUGUGGAAGUUGUGGGACGAGAUGGUCAAGCAGGAGAAGAAGAAGAAGCGGGGGAGGAGCAUCAAGGCUAAGCUUGGAGGGAAGGCGAGGAGGCGCCGAAAGAGAAAGGAAUGGGACGUGGUGUUUGAGAGUGUGGAGGUUGCGGAGAAGGCGUUGGAGGCGCUGAAGAAGGGGGAGGAUAUGGAUGUUGUUUUGGAGCGGGUGGAGAAGGAGAGGGGGGCGGGUCAUAGUCCUGUUGCGGUUGAGAAUGGGCAGUCGAACAUGUUGGAGAGUACGGAAAAUAAGGACUUUGCGGGGGUUGGGAAAAGGGAGGCGGAUGCUGAGACUGCUAGGACGAAGGUUCCUAGUCCGUUGGAGAUGAAUGGGGUGGGUAGUGGGAGCAAGGUUGAUGGGGAGGUAGUGAUGGGUGAGGAAAAGAAGGAGGAGAAGGAGGAGGAUAUGAAGGAGAAUCCGUUCUCGGUGGCCACGCCGGCGAUUGCAAAGAAUAAGGAGGAGAAUAGGCUGACGAUGGAGGCUAUUGAGGUUAGGCCUUAG